CAACACAAGCGGUGGUGGCAUCGUUUAGCUUGAUUUUUUUGUGUUUGGCAUGGUCUAGAUUUUGUUGGAAGUUUAAAGUAAAAUGGCAGUUGAAUUAUCAAAUGAUAUCUGGAAAAAUUGGGAUAAAAGUGGAAGACAAGAAUUUAUCAAAUAUAACGUUGCCCGCUUAAAAGACGAAUCGUCUCCGUUAUUUGAUAAAAAUGGGAAAGCAGCCCCAGUAGUUACCAAUAUAAAUUUGCUAAUUGAGAAGGCAGUUAAAGGUGUCAUUAAACGGGAAUCUGUUGUACCUGUUCUACAUGACCUAGUGAAAACCCAUAGUAUUGUGGCUUCAAUAAUUUGUGAUGUGUUAAAUAUUACUGAUGCUAUAACUUCGCAAACUGAUGGAGAAGACGCCAAAGAUAGAAAUAAUUUUUGUUAUUUGGUAAAAGAAUGUGAAAAGUUUCUGUCAGACAAACUACUUAAGGAGAGAUUGGAAAUUGAAACUUUACAGGAGGUUGGAAUAUUAAAGAACAAAACUUUUUAUUCAAAAUUUAUUAAAAUAAAGACCAAACUCUACUACAAACAAAGAAAAUUUAACCUGUUCAGGGAAGAGUGUGAAGGCUUUGCAAAAUUGCAAACUGAACUAAAUAAGGAAUUCAGUGAUUCCACCACUCAUAAUGAAUUAAUAGAUAUUGUUCAUUCUCUUAUUGGUUGUUUUAACUUAGACCCAAACAGAGUUUUGGAUAUAAUUUUAGAGAGUUUUGAGAACAAAACCAGAGAUGCAAGAAUCUUUGUGCCCUUGAUUUCAUCCUAUAUGAAUGAUCCGAACAUCAUUACAGAAGUGUUAUGUACAAAACUUGCAUUUUUAAAAAAUAAUGAAGAUGAUAUUCCUAAGUCAUUUUAUAUUUUAAUGGCUCAUCUGAUUCAAAAUUCACUUAUAAACAUCAACGAUAUUUAUUCUCGAUUAAGUCCUGAUGAUAAACUUAUUCAGAGGGAUUGUGAAAAAGCCAUGAGAGAUGCAAGAGAGUAUGUCCGUAAACUUCAGAUUAUAUCAAUAAAUAAUAAAGAAAAAGAAGACAACCAGGAAGAGCCAGAAGUAAUUGACGAUAGAUAUAUAAACAAUCAGAAGUUAGGCCUUUGUGAGGCUUUGCUUCUCAUAGGUGACUGGGAAAACGUUCAAACUUUCAUAAAGAUAUUGCCAAACAAUUUCGCUGUUGGGUAUGAACCAAUUGCAAUCGCUCUUUGCAACUUAUUACAUUCCAUUAUUGAACCUGUCUACAAUGAAUAUUGCAGUCUUGGUCCCAAGAUCAAACGGAAGUCUGUGCCACAGCACGAAAAUCCCCGCGCGCCUAAACAAGCCACCACCUUUUUAGAGCUCCGCGAUACAGCGAUUCCAAUGCUGGUCACGCUCGGUUCAUCUUUACAUUACGAUCCCGUAUUACUUAGCAAGAUCGUGCGAUUAGCCAAGUCGGCGCUUGCAGAUUGCGGGAUUAAUAAUUCCAAAGCCACGGCGACGGCAAAAAAUUCCUUAUAUUACGAUAUUAUAUCGAUUCUCGAUCACACCAUAUUGCCGUCGCUUUCUUAUUUGGAUUGCAACUGUUGCCUGGCAGAAGAGAUCUGGACGUUGGUCCAGCUGUACCCUUACCAGAUUAGGUACUGCCUUUACGGCAGAUGGAAAAACGAGACCUACUCUGUGUAUCCAGAGUUGAUGAAAAAACGCGGUGACUCGGAGAAGCAAAUCAAAAAUAUAAUGAAACGGGUCAGUAAAGAAAACAUCAAGCCAGUGGGCAGGCUCAUAGGAAAGCUCACCCAUUGUUCUCCCGGUUUCCUUUUCGACUACGUCCUCCUGCAAAUCCAAGUUUACAAUAACUUGAUCGCGCCGGUAGUGGAUUCGCUAAAAUACCUCACCAAUUUAUCCUACGACGUAUUGGGAUUUUGCCUGGUCGAAACACUAGCGAACGCGGACAAGAAAAGGGUUAAGCACGACAGCACGUCCAUUUCGACUUGGUUGCAGAGCUUAUCCAGCUUUUGUGGUGCGGUGUUUAAGAAGCACUCGAUCGAACUGACUGGCUUACUCCAGUACGUCGCUAAUCAAUUGAAAGCCCAAAAAAGCCUCGAUCUUUUAAUUCUAAAAGAAGUUGUGCAGAAAAUGGCUGGCGUCGAUCCUGUUGAAGAUUUAACCAUGGAUCAGUUGAACGCAAUGUCGGGCGGUGAACUUCUAAAAGGAGAGGCGGGUUACUUUAGUCAGGUGCGCAACACAAAAAAAUCUUCUCUGCGACUGAAAGAAGCGAUGGCGGAGAAUGAUUUGGCGGUCGCCCUGUGUUUGUUGAUGGCGCAGCAAAAUUUUUGCGUGAUAUAUAAGGAAACUCAAAAAAGUCACCUCAAACUUGUCGGCAAGCUAUCGGAUCAGUGUCAGGAUACUUUGGUGCAAUUCGGGACGUUCCUCGGUUCGACUAUGUCGGUUGACGAGUACGUCAAUAAACUGCCUUCGAUUCAAAGUAUGCUGAUUGAUUACCACAUACCUACGGAGGUGGCAUUCUUCCUCGCACGUCCAAUGUUCAACCAUGCAAUAAACCAAAAAUACGAUCAAAUUCGUAAAUCCGAUCCGAACUACAAAAAAAUGUCCAGUUCGCUGAAAAAUCAGAAAUAUUACGAGGCCGUGCAGGAGAUCAUGCAGCCCGUUCAUGGGUCGCUUUUACCGUUGCACUCACCGAAAAUAUGGGAGGACAUCACAUCCCAGUUUUUAGCCACCUUUUGGUCGCUAACUAUGUACGACCUUUUCGUGCCCGAAGACACUUACCAACAGGUUAUAAACAAGGCGAAAGCCCAAUCGCUCUCGGCGAUGGAAUCGAGCACGAGUAACAAGAGCAAGAAAGAGCAGGAACGGUUCAUGUCGCUGAUCGAGAAGUUACAAGACGAGAAGAAAAAGCAAACGGAACACGUCGAGAAAGUGCUGUAUCGAUUGAAACAGGAGAAGGACAAUUGGUUCCUGUCACGGUCAGCGAAGACCGCCAAGACCGAAUCGAUCACGAGGUUUUUGCAAUUGUGUCUGUUUCCGCGUUGCACGUUCACGCAAAUCGACGCAGUAUACUGCGCGAAAUUCGUUCACACCAUACACAUAUUGAAGACUCCUAAUUUUUCCACAUUGUUAUGUUACGACAGGAUUUUUUGUGAUGUAACGUAUUCAAUAAUAUCGUGCACAGAAAACGAAGCAAUGCGCUACGGUAGAUUUCUUUACGCAAUGCUGGAGACGGUGAUGGGGUGGCACAAAUCCAAAGAGGUGUUCGAAAAGGAAUGUUCGAAUUUUCCCGGUUUCAUGACCAAAUACCGGGUUAGCAAUCAUACGGCCGACAACCUGGACAACGUUGGUUACGAGAAUUACAGACACGUGUGCCACAAGUGGCAUUACAAACUCGCUAAAGCGGUGGUAACCUGUCUCGAAUCCAAAGAUUACGUGCAAAUACGGAACUCGCUGAUUAUUUUGAUCAAAAUCAUUCCGUUUUUCCCGAUUCUCGUAAAACUGGCCCAGUUUAUCGAGAAGAGGAUAGAAAAAGUCCGGGACGAGGAAAAGAACAACCGACAGGAUUUGUUUACCCUGUCGAGCAGCUACUUGGGUCAGCUUAAGCAGAGAAUGACCAGCGGUCAUAUGAUGAAGGAGGGCGAGUUUCAUAUACCCGUUGAGAAAGAGAAGGUCAACAAAGGCAACCAGGACCAGGCCAAUGUAAAUAGUAAGGAUAAUUCUGCGAAUAAGAUUAAUGGUGAGGCAAAAGAAACGACGCCUAAGGAAAAAUCCGAAAAGAAACUUAUUCGGACGGUUUCCGAAGAGCCUAAACUAAUUAUAAAAAAUAAUAUUUCAAUUGUUGAUGUCGCGCCGGGUGGUGGGACGUCUAAUAAUAAAGAGAAGCGCGACGAAAAGAGCGUCAGGGAAGAGUCGAAAGAAAGAUACACCAGAAAGGAGGAGAAACGCAUAGACGAAUAUGAGAAAGAGCGUGAGAGAGAAAAGAGGCGAGAGAGGAAAGAAGAAAAGUUGAACGUUAGUAAGGAAGAGCGGCAAGAGAGAAAGCAAGAAUAUAAAGUGAACGAAGAGCGCUAUAUCGAAAUGGUUAGUCCCAAAGACGAUUACGCUGUCGAUGGUCGGCAAGUCGAUAGAUUUUAUGAAGAACGGCCUGGUCAUUAUUACAGAGAGGCAAGGGAUGAAAGAGAACCUGGUGGUAGUAACUUGGGCAAGCACAAUCCGGAACCCGAGCCAGAUAGAGAUGUGAAAAGAAGAAAAGUGGACGUCUCUGCAUCGAAGAAUCCCAAACAUGAAGAAAGAAAAACGCAGAUUGAGUACUUUGUUGAAAAACCAGAUAAGAAAGAACGGUCGGCCAAAGCAAAAGAGAAAAGGGAAAAACUGACGGAAGAAGAGAAAGAGCUGAAACGGGAAAGAAAACUAGGAAGAAAGAGGGUAGGUUUGGUUAAGACAAAGGAUCGACUUGAGGAGAGCCUUCAGCAAGACCUGAAAAGAAGAAGGGAAGAGGAAAAAGUCGCUAAGUUACUGUCACACCAGAAUGGAGACAUGCUAGAGCCUCAGGUACCUCGAGAAAAACACCACAGACGUGAAGCCAGGGAACUGAGGGAGUCGCGGGAAAUAUCUCCAUAUUCAGGUAGAGAGAGAUCCCACGAAAGGAGCGAACCAAGAGAAAAACACAGAAGAAGUUCGGAGAACAAGAGGAGGUAGCUUUAGCGGAAUCUGUGAGGAGAAGGCACGAGAUUCCAUAACUGUGUAAGAGUCGUCAUUUCACUGAAUAGUUGUUGAAUGUGAUAUAAGUGGAUGUAAUAUAUCGAAUUAGAACUUAUAACGGCUCUUAUACGAUUUCUGUAUAUAUAUAUAUAUAUGUCUAAUUUUUCCAAAUAAAAACUUCACUGUCCACAGGUCCAAUCAUUUAAGGCCAUGUAAUAUUAGGCAACUGAAUGUUUUCGCGCUGAACGUGAAACAAAAAUGCUGAAAAAUAAAAUUUAAUAUGUUCCUAAUUAUAAAAGAACAUUAAUGCGUUAAUUUUCAACCUUACAAAACAGGCACCCAGAAAGUUUUACCAACACAUUAACAACUCAGAAUCAAAGCACGUUAAUUUUGCCUUGCUUGACAGCUCUGCUGCUAUUUUCACUUAUGUAAUAUUAAUUGUGACUCUUACUAGAUACUAAUUAAUACUUUCCCACAUUCAAAUCUUUACUUUCUUUUCGUGCAAUGCUCACAAACUUAAAAAUAUUUGUAAGUACACUUCUGCAGAAGCAUUAAGAAGAUUCUUUAGUAUCUAUGUCACUCGCUUCCUUGCCUGUGGCAGGUAACUAUACAUAAUAUAUAUAAUAAAACAAAUUCAGUAUCAGAAAUUCCAAAUUUUUCCAAUUUUUGGUAGUUAAGUCACAAACCGAAAGUUAUUUAUUUACUGUCCUAUUUAUGACAUCUCUUUAUGUACUGAACUAGAUAGUAGGUACCGUUUCUUGUUGCGCUUAAAAAUUAGCAAUAAAUAGUGUAUAUUUGGCUGACUUGACUUCUAUGUUUUGGCUCAUUCGAGCUACAUUACUGUUUGUAUUUGUAAAUACAGUAAAUUUGGCGGUACACCAACAAUUACCUUAUCGGGAUUAUUU